CGAAGAUGGAAGUGAAACAAUCCCAUCAGAAGUCAUCAGACUCUAACCCGAGAUUUGAGACCCAAGACGAAAGAGCUUCAACUCUAUCUCUCGCUGAAAAUUGAACCUACGAAUCGCGUCCGACGCCGACGAGACCCACCAGCUGGGUUCUCAGUUAAAGCAGUAAACCAUGAAUCCUUACGAAUACGACUUCUCUUUGAUUGAUUAUGGCUUUUCCGAUCCCACAAUCCUCGAUUCUAUAUCUCUAUAUCGACCUUCGAGGAUGAUCACAUCAGAUUCAAGAACAGAAACGAUCGGUGCUGAUCAUAAACCACCACGACCACCAAUUCCAGAGAAGAUAAGAAGCCCUCCCAGGCAUCGCCACGAUGGCACUUCUCCUCUUCCAUUGGGAAUGGAUUGGAGUCAUCCCCCUCGCAAAUGGGAUGGACGGGGCUCUGUCUGGCCACAUGAUUUUCAUACAGGAUGGAGUUACUGUGUCACAAUUCCUUCUUGGGUUAUUACACCAAAAUCCAGAGAUUCAGUUCCUGUGGUGUUCUACAGGGUUCAAAUUGGGAUUCAAUCGCCAGAAGGAGUGACCAGUACCCGAGGAAUACUACGAAGAUUUAAUGAUUUCUUGAAGCUAUCUUCUGAUUGUAUUUUAAAGAAAAAUAUGAGGAAGUUAGUUAUUAUGUGCCCAGAAAAUAGUUUUAGAUUGUCCUUAAAUUGCUUAGUUUCAUCGCAGCGCAGGUGUUUUUUGGAGGAUUGGAUGGAGAAACUACUCUCAGACAUUGAUUUGUCAAGAAGUGCUCCUGUAGCAACUUUUCUUGAGCUAGAAGCUGCUGCCAGGUCGUCAUUCUAUGAUAUGGAUUCAAAUCAGAGCGUUUCAGAUAUAAAUUUGCCAGGAAGUAGUGUUGUCCUGUCAUAUGAAGUUUUACCAAGCUCAGAUGUUUCUUUGGUUGCUGGGACUUCAUCAUUUGCAGCAGAUUAUGGCAAUGAUUCUGCUUAUGAGACAUCUGAGCUUGGAACGCCAAGACAUGGGAGGGAUACUUAUUCUGAAAUUGGCAAUGAGAAUACAACAUCUGACCAAGAGUUAGUCAGUCCAAUAGAUGUUAAGGAUAGCUUGUCUGAAAGCGCCAUUGGUCGACUUAUGGAGGGGUUUAUACGGAGAAAUCAAGACAGUAUUUUCCAACAUAAGAUACACUCCAGAAGUGUUGACAGUGGUAUAAACAGGUAUAAAGUUGAUAAGACUACUUCUAAAGCUGAACUUCGCCAUGAGGAUGAAACGAAGACUUUUUCUGAAACAGAGAUUCCCAAAUUGGGCAGCCAUUUUAGGAGAUUGUCAAUGGAAAGUCUUGGAAGUGACAUAAGUUCUGUAAGAGCUAGUGAAAUUUCAAACUUGGGGGUGGCAGAUUCACUUGGCGAUGACUCAUUUGAGCGUCCCGAAGGUUAUGAUUAUUCAAAAGCCAUGGAUAUACCUGCCACCUCAGGUUUACAGUUUUCAAGUGAUUUAGUAAUUGCUCUUCCAUCAGAUGAGCAUCGUAAAAUUAAUAGGCUUCUUAUCACUAUGCAACGGAGGCUAGCUACGGGAAAAACGGAUAUGGAAGAUCUUAUAGCAAGAUUAAAUCAAGAGCUAGCUGUGAGACAAUAUCUCACAACAAAGGACAUAUGUACUCAGCUUAGAUUCACUGUGAUACUCCUGGAUGGGAAAUGCUCGUCUGAUACUUUGGCCUGA